GUCUCUCCAAACUAACUAGAGGGUUAGGGUCUGAAGGCAACAGAACACUGUGUGAGCAUUGGCGUGGCACACUGACACGGACCCUUCAACCCCGAAUCCUCGCUUGAAUCCAGUUCAUCUCGAUUCGGAAACUGGACGCAUCUCUUGACAUCUCAGCAAUGCGUCGCGCCGCCAUCCAAGCCUUCCGUGCCAGUCUCCAAUGCAGCGUCCGGGGUUUCCACUCUAACACCCGCCGGGGCAUUUCUCCGCUGCUCCUGCCGAGCGCACACAGGAGGAACAUCGCUGCGGCUGCCUCGACCCGCCGAUUCCUGUCGACAUCCCCACCCACCCGCAGCAGCAACAACGGCAACCGUCCCCGGGCGGCCGAUAAUGCACCUAUAGCCGGCGAACCGCUCCGCUCAUCAAUGUAUUUCCGCCGGGCCUCCGUAGCGGUGGUCUCGGCGCUGGUCGGCUACGGCGCGUACUACUCGUACGGCAACAACGGGACCGACAGCCUCGUGAAGCGGGCAUACUCGUCGAGCAGCACCUCAACUGCGACAGGCGACGCGGCCACGCAGACCCGCUCGGUUUUGGUUAUUGGCGCCGACGAGCUGCAUACGGGCACGUUCGUAGGGGAUGGGCCUAUCUCUAAGACGACUGGCAACGACGGAAAGAGGGUCAUCGAGAUGGUGACGCCCGAUCAAGCGACCGAGAUGCUCCGGAAAAGCGAGCUGUCGUACUAUGUCGACCGCGGACAGGGCGUGGUGCGCUACGACUUGGUGCAGCUGCCGAGCAAUGAUCCGAUCGAGGAUGACCACGCCGAGAAGAUCGUGGAGAUGCCGGACAGUAGCGAACCCCAUGGGAGCAGCGACUGGAUGUUCUGGGGUGUCUUUGACGGGCAUUCUGGAUGGACAACAUCGGCGAAGCUCCGACAGGCUCUGACGACUGUCGUCGCCCGGGAACUCAACGACACAUACAGGGCAUCCAGCUUGGCACCGCCGCCGGAGGCAGUCGACGCCGCUAUUAAAAAGGGCUUCCUGAAGCUGGACGACGAUAUCGUCAACCAAAGCGUGCAGAAGGUCCUACAAGCCAACAAUAAGAGUGCAGCUGCCGAACUCUUGGCUCCAGCCCUAUCCGGCUCCUGCGCGCUCCUCUCGUUCUACGACAGCCGAUCCAAGUUGCUACGGGUUGCUUGCACGGGUGAUUCGCGGGCUGUUCUCGGCCGCCGUUCAGCGUCUGGCAAGUGGACCGCCACGCCACUCUCGGUCGACCAGACGGGCAGCAACCCCGAUGAGGCGGCCCGGCUGCGGAAGCUGCACCCGAACGAACCCCAGGUCGUCCGCAACGGUCGUGUUCUCGGAGGGUUGGAACCUACACGCGCCUUUGGAGACGCUAGCUACAAGUGGACCCGCGAGAUCUCCGAGAAGCUGAGGCAGCAAUUCUUCGCGCGUUCUGUCUCGUCCUUUCUCAAAACACCCCCUUACGUAACCGCCGAGCCAGUCAUCACCACCACCAAAAUCGAGCCGGAGAAGGGCGAUUUCGUCGUGAUGGCCACCGAUGGCCUUUGGGAGAUGCUCACAAACGAGGAGGUCAUUGGCCUCGUCGGCAAGUGGAUCGAGAGCCAACAGAUCAGCACCAAGAGCAACCCCACCUCGCAGUUCGACUCGGUCUGGACGCGCAUCUUUGGCUCCCGUGGCACCAAGGGGGGGCUACCUGUCGAAGUAGCCCAGGACGCGGGCGCUGGUGGGCAGAAGACCCCCUUCCGCAGGCAACAGUGGGGUGAUUCGGCGGACGGGUUUGUGGUGCAGGACUCCAACGUGGCUACCCACCUGGUGCGGAACGCGCUCGGCGGUAAGAACCAGGAGCAGGUGUCGGCACUGCUGACGCUGCCCGCACCCUUCUCGCGGCGCUAUAGGGAUGAUUUAACCGUGCAGGUUAUCUUCUUUGGAAAUGGAGAACGGACGGGCGAGGUCAUCUUGAAUCGGGAUGCGACCGCGGCGGCGAAUAAGCCUGUCAAGGCCAAGUUGUAGGUGUCCGGUUGUUGGGUACUUUAUUCCCCAUUGAGCACGGGUUGGUUGUCCUGGGCGCGAGGUUACCGGUUGGGCGCAAUGGUUGAUAUCCCAGGGAACGAUUGAAGAUGGGUGGUUGUCGUUCUGCCAUGGUGUUCUUUCCAGCCACAUUUCCUCGCGAUGGGGAGACAGAUUUGCAUUUCAUCAUUUUCCAGCGGAGUACAGGGUAUAUUAUUCAUACACACGUCGUCGUUA